AAUCCUCAAAGAGAACCAGGUAAGAUCAGAUCCCCGGUCUCGCUGCUUAGAGAAUAACAAAAUUCUUACGGCAACCUUCGGCGAUCUCGUCUUAAGAUCCGGAACCGGCCAGAUAUGUCUUCGUUCAGUGGCGAUGAGACUGCACCUUUCUUCGGUUUCCUCGGCGCUGCGGCUGCGCUCGUUUUCUCCUGCAUGGGAGCUGCUUAUGGGACGGCAAAGAGUGGUGUAGGUGUGGCAUCGAUGGGUGUGAUGAGGCCUGAGUUGGUAAUGAAGUCGAUUGUCCCAGUGGUUAUGGCUGGUGUUCUCGGUAUCUAUGGAUUGAUUAUUGCUGUUAUCAUCAGUACCGGGAUCAACCCCAAGGCUAAGUCAUACUACCUCUUUGAUGGGUAUGCCCAUCUCUCUUCUGGUCUCGCCUGUGGCCUUGCUGGUCUUUCGGCUGGAAUGGCCAUCGGGAUCGUGGGUGAUGCUGGUGUCAGGGCCAAUGCUCAACAGCCAAAGCUUUUUGUCGGGAUGAUUCUUAUCCUCAUUUUUGCUGAAGCGCUGGCUCUGUACGGCCUCAUCGUCGGUAUCAUCUUGUCUUCCCGAGCGGGUCAGUCCCGAGCAGACUGAGAGGAGGGACGGGCCUUUGACCCCCCGAAGGAUUCUUUUAUCGCUUGUCGGCCUUGUCAGCGAGCGAACCAUAUAUUCAUCUGUUUUUUUCAGGUUAGUAAGAUGGUGGAUUUGCCUCCGGCAUGUUUCUCAUCUGGUGUUGUCCUUAUCACCAUUCUGUUGUGUCUGUAAUAUGAUCGUGAAGGAUUCUCUGCUAAAUAAGAACUCUCCUGAGAGACCCCGUAUUUAAAUUUUAUUACUUUUUUCUCGUUGAAUAAAAAAUGGCAGGAGACAAGUUCUGGUUCA